AUGGACGCAGCAUCUAAAGCACCACCUCUUCUCGCGUCGGAACUUAUAGGGCCCAAGGGAUGGAUCCGGAAUGUGAUGUGUCUUGAAAUGGCAGCAGACUACGAUGCUGAGAAUAUCUCAUCGAUGCUGCGAACAGCAUGGAGUACCUUCAAGGCGCGAACACCAAUGGUCGGCGUUGAGGCCGUUCCCGCAGGCCCUGAUGUGAAGCCCGCUGGGCAGUUGAAGCUACAACCUUACGGUGAUGGCGAGAUAGAGGAUUUCAUAGUGAAGGAUCACCGUAACGACAACACAGCACCGUCAUUUGAUCAGUUGAAGGAGCAGGGAUUUCCCAAUGCAGCUAUGGACGACGAAAAAUUGUUCAUGCGUGGCCGUGUUGGCGAAUGGCCUAAUUUUGGCAUCGAUCGCCUAGCAACCCAGAUGAUGCAAGCAAACUUAGUCAAGGGUGGAUUACUGCUCAAUCACUUGUGCUUCCAUUCCUAUGCCGAUGGACUAUCCAUGUGGAAAUUGGCCGAGAUCUUUGCUGAAGACCUACGCCGAGCACAGGGCCUGACUAUUGAGAAUCCAAUUGAGAUUCAAGUUGCGGACCGCGCCAAAAUCUUGCAGAGUACCGGAGAACACGUGUGUGCCAAUUUCGCAGAGGAUCACACAGAAUUUAUCCAUUUACCUUUCACUCCUCCUGGACUUCCCGAGAGUCUAACGAACGGAGAGAGCCAUGCUCAUGUAUAUCGUUUCACUCCGGAAGCCAUCCGAGCGCUCAAAGACGAGUGCUCACCGGCCAAAAUAUCAUCUAGUCUUAAGGACCAGAUUCCGCAAGAACAACUAUCAAAAUUCGUCUCCACAAACGAUGUCCUAUCUGCACUACUCUGGAAAUCCAUUCAGAGCGCCGAACACCCCGAUCAUUCAGUCAUCGAUCCCAGUAAACCCUCGGUAGCAAUGGUCAGCUUGAACGCACGACGCCGCGUUCACGUGCCCAUCCAUCCACACACACUGGGUAAUAUCGUCGGAUUCACAACCGCAGUUCUACCACUUCCGCAACUACUGUCUAAGGAUACCACGCUAGCUGAUAUCGCGUGUUUGAUACGACAGAGUGUCAAUAGGUGUGGAAGCACAUACUACGACGAAAUGGCGCACUACGUAGAACGCAUGGACGAUGUGAAUAGGCUGGCAGGCACGGCUUUUCUCGACAUGCCUGGUAGCAAUGUGCUAUUGAGCAAUUGGAGCGAUUUUGACUACUACGGCAUUGAAUGGGGUCCCGCAUUUGGUGAUCGCAUCAAAUCUUUACGAUUCGCCGCUGGUGGUGUCUGUGCAGGCUUCCAGGUAAUCUUGCCAUGUCCUGCGGAUGCACCCAAGGGAACAGUAGAGGUACUCGUCAGUGCGUCAAACCAAGCGUGGCCGCGAUUGCUGCGCGAUGAGACUUUCCAUCGCUUUGCUCAUAACGCCACGACGAUACCAUUCCAGUGA